CGAAUACAAAAUUCAAUUCUCUUUCUAAGCCCGUCGUCGUCGUUUUGGGUUUUCAUUCUCCGAUGGAAGCCACCACCGAUACCCCAAACCCUAACCCGAGCCCAAGGAUUCUCCUCCCCUUGUCCUCUUCCCCCCCUGUGGCCCACCAUCGACGGUCCUCUUGGUCUAUCGGAGGAAGAAUCCGUCAGCUACGCCCGUCGGUUCUACAAGUUCGGUUUUGCUCUGCUUCCGUUGCUUUGGGCCGUCAACUGCUUCUACUUCUGGCCCGCUCUCCGCAACUCCCGCUCUUUCCCUCUCAUCCACCACUACGUUCUCAGAUCCGCCGUCGGAUUCGCCGUGUUCACUGCUCUGCUCUCGUCGUGGGCCCUUACCUUUGGGAUCGGAGGAGAGCGUCUGUUCGGGCAUGUCUGGGAUGAGCUGGUCAUGUAUAACCUUGCUGAUAGGCUUGGACUCACCGGAUGGAGCUAAAACCCUAAUGUAUGCAUGCCUUCUACCCUCAGCAAUUUGAUCAUGUAAUUUUGGUUUGAUCAUGUUUGUGUAUAUUGUUGGAUCAUCUUAAGCUAGUCGGAAUACGAAUUCGAUUUCAAAGUGUUGAGAUUAUUUACAUUAUGCUAUUCAUUUGAAAGUUCAAAUUACAGCUUAAGGUCCUAUUGUUU